GCCCGCUGGUCCGCCGAAGUUCGGUCACGGCAGUAUCCCAUCUCUCCCACCCCGGCCCCCGUACCCUGCGUUCCCCCACCACCCUCACCGUCUGCUCCGCCACCUUAUCCAAGGAGGCGGCCUCCUCCGACGCCGCUCUCAGUCCGCCGGACGCACUGGUCUCCUCGUCGGAGGGUGAAAUAUCCUUGGUUCAGGUUGUUCAGCUAGGCGCAUGGUCUAGCAAGCAAUCCCUUGAGGGCUACUCGAUCUCCACUUACCCCGAGGGCGUCAAGUGCACCGCUGGGACUUGUCUCUUCAUUGGGAUUCAACAGGGGGCGUAAGGAAAAUGUAAAACUUUUUAUCAAUGUUGAUAGAUACACAAAAUAUAAUGCUCCCUCCAUUACACAGCGAUGUUCCAGAAUAUCACCACUUGCAUCUGCAUCCUUUGGUGACAUGGCGGACUCUUCAACUCCCAUUUUUCCUAGAAUCCAUGUGAAGGAUCCGUAUCAACGACUUGGAAUCAGCAAGGAAGCAUCUGAAGAAGAAAUUCGAGCUGCCAGGAACUUUCUCAUAAGCAAGUAUGCAGAGCAUAAGCCAAGUGUUGAUGCAAUUGAGUCUGCGCAUGACAAAAUCAUCAUGCAGAGUUUCUUUGAUAGAAAAAAACCGAAAGUGGAUCUCAAGAAAAAAUUUAGGGAACUUAGUCAGUCACGUCCAGUCAAGGCUGUUCAGGGCAGAUUUUACACGCCAUCUAACAAAUUUAUUUGGAAGACAGCGAUUACUUUUGUCUUGCUUGGAGUCCUUACCCUUGUUUUCCCUACUGAAGAAGGUCCAACUCUCCAGGUCUUAAUCUCUUGUGCGGCAAAUAUCUAUUUCCUUUAUCAGCGGCUUAAAAGUGGAUGGAAAUCAUUCUUUUAUGGGUUCGGCUCCUUCUUUGCUUCCUGGUUUCUUGCCACAUUCUUGAUGGUAUCAGUAAUUCCGCCUAUAUUGCCUGGUCCAAGAAACUUGGAAGUGAGCACGGCGUGUGUUGCUUACGCUUUCCUUUUUGUAUCAUCAACCUUCCUGAAGUAGGAAAUGUUUGGUUUUUCAAUUUCCCAUGCUAAAGCCCUUAGCCUUGCAGCAGUCAAUAUGGUCGGUCUCGGUUCCCUCCUGCUUCCAAUAGUUUGUACAGCGCUUUGGCUGUCUUUUAUUUCUCAGGGGUGGAAAUUUUAGUUCUUUGCUGAGUUUCUGUCUAGUAUAUACAUCAGGUUGUAAUGUUUGACAUAGAUCUUUUUUGCCCUGGCCCUUGGAACAGUUUGAUACCACCUCAUGUAGUCAUUUUCAUUGCUGUAUUAAAUAUUUGGAUAGAUCAUAAGAUACUGACAUAAAUGGCUAUUGUGGAUCGAAACACCUUUUUUCUUUUC